AUGAUUAACAAAAGAUAUAUUCAUAAUACUAAACAAUCCCAAUUCUUGUUUAAAAAACUAACCCAACAAAUAGCCAAUACUGCUCCAAAAGAAUAUAAUCAGUUUCAAUUGAGUAAACCAGUAGGCUUAUCUACUCCGCCCAAGCCAAAUGUAAUGUACAAGGAGGGAAACUCAUUUAAGGACAUGUUUGACGAACGCAAAACCAGUCAAAGAACAAAAGAGUUGGAAAAAGAAUUCCAACAGAGUGGAUUCUUUGAUAUGUAUGCCUUCAGAAAAACAAAGGGUAAAUUAUUUUUAUCUCCAAAAUCUUUUUGGAACGCCAAGUUUUCUCUUUAUUUCCCCCAUUUGGUUGGAUCCAAACUAUCAACUGGAGAAAUAACUAAUAUAGAAGAUUCCAUGAGGGGGAAAAUUACCGUGGUAAAGUAUGCUGGUAAUAAAGUUGGUGAGUCGAUGGUUACUUCAUUUUUCCAAAAAAGAUCCAAAGAUAAUAAAAACCCAGUGGUAAUUGACUAUCUAAACGAUGAAAAUGCCAUAAAUAACGAUUUUAAUUUUAAUGGGUCCUGUCCACCUCAAGUCCAAAUUGUAGAAAUCAAUAUGGUUGAUAACUCUUUAAAAUCAUUCUUGUUGAAAUUAACUUUAUUCAGUUUGCGCCGUUUAAUUACCUCCACUAAAAGGCAAAACUUGUACUUUAUUUGUAAUAGGAACCAGUUACCCUUUGGUAAAAGAGAAGAAUUAGGUGUAAAUAACGUUUAUGCUGGUUAUGUUUUCAUAGUUGAUCCGCAUUUGAAAAUAAGGUGGCUAGGUUGUGGUGAGGCUAGCGAUGACGAUGUUUGUACUCUAUGGAAAUCUGUUAAAGCUAUUAAAAAAGAAUUCACUUCUGAUGGCCAAUGCUCUAUAAAAAAAUGA